AUGGCCUUUUUCGCGUUGAGCCCGACACGGCGAGCUGAAGCCUCACGCGACCAGCUCACCUCGCCGCUGAGCUGGGCGCCGGUGGCGUCCCCGGAGCUGGGCUACUGGCAGGUGCAGAUGAAGAGCGUGCGCAUUGGCAACAGGACUUUGGACUACUGCAACGAUGGCCAGUGCCGGGCUGUGGUUGACACAGGCACCUCGCUGUUGGCGGUGCCGGAGGAUUUUGCGGACCAGCUGCAGCAGGAGCUGGAGGGCCCCUUGAAGGACCCACCCGCCGGGCCCAGCGGAGGCGGCUUUGUGAAGGAUGCCUUUCCGGAGCUCUUCGUGGAGCGCCAGGUCAUCGCCGCAGAGCAGAGCUUCGAAAGGCGGCUGGCGGAGUACGAGAUGACGAAUAUCGAGCAGCAGAAGCUUUUCCGUGAGGACUUGCGAGAUUUGGUGGAGCUCACUGUGGGGAGAAUGGAUGUCUACCACUUGGUGGGCGCGCUACUCUUGGAGUUCUGUAUUCAUUUCUACUGUGAGAACCAGAUGAUUGAGGGCGCGUCGGAGAGCAAGACCAAGUCUUUUUUGGUCGUCUUCUUUCUGAUCGCUAAUCUCAGUGCCUGUGGCUUUCUGGUCUUCUCCGUGUGGCUGUCCAUGCACGCGUCGGUGGCAUCGCACUCCAUUGGCGUGCGCCUGCUCACCAGCUUCGCCCGGCUCUCCAUCCCCACCCGCAAGGAGCUAGAGGAGGUGGCAAGAGCCCCGCUGGUUCCCAUGAUGGAGCGUUUCCGGCAGUUGGGAAAGCGACUGGGUCUGGCAGAGGCGCAGGAGGGGACCGCGGAGCAGGAGGAACAGCGGCAGUUGCUGCGGCGAGAGACAGCGCAGCUGGCCAGGGCCGCAGCCGGGCUGAGCACUGAAGUAGAGAGCCUGGCUAUUCAGGAAGGUGCCAAGGCCCUCUCUGAUCGCGAGUAUCACUUCCGGCGCUUCCUGAAGGAGCAGCGGCGGUGGCUCUUCUACGACGCCUACGCGCGCGUGUGCAUGGCGCUAGGGAUCAACCAGAUGUUGCAAGCGCUGUCCUACUACAUCCUGGGCUCUAUAGCAGAGGAGACACCAGCGGGAGCGGCGCUGUCGCUGUUGGGCAUGCAAGUCCUGUCUCUGUUGCUACUUCGCCUUGAUAUGGCUGAAGGCGUGCAAUCCUGGUGCGGCGUCUUCACUGUGAUGAUCUUCAUGGCCUUUCCGCCGCUGUACAUCGGCGUUCUGAUUCAUCUUCACCUCUCGGUACGCACUGUGGAGUUCUUUGCGCUCUUGGCCUUUGCUUUGCACAGCGCGUGGAUGCUGCUGAUCGCCACGUACCUGGUGCCCGAGAAUGUGGACCAGGGACUUCCGAAGACGCUCCGCACGGUGCUCUAUUUGGACGUGUUGCAUCUGGAGCAGCAGGACGAUUGCGGAAGACCUGGCGUCGCAGCAGUCCAAGGAGACAGCGUAGAGGCGCUCCUUCUCUCGCAGCAAGCUCUGCAGCAGGCCAUGCGUCGAGUUCUGGAGCAGGAGGCAGCGGCGGGCUAUGUGAGCAGCGAGCAACGCCACGCCCAGGAGCUGGCGGAGUUGGAGGCCCAGCUGAAGGCGGAGAUCGCGGAGGCACGGACGCUGGAGCUCACCACGCCGAGUAGCUCUACGCGCAGUGCCGUCCGCAGUGCCGAGAAAGUGCUGGAGCACCUUACCGUGUGGCAGGCGGCGCCGGAGAUCCACGCGAGCUUGAAGGCGCUGUCCAAGCCGGCGGUCAAAAGUUGGCUAAGCGCGGAGCAGAAACAGGAGAUUGAACUUGCCUACCAGUCCUUCCUCAGCAGGUGCCGGGAGCUGGACCUGGGAAUCUGCAGCUCCGCUGGAAACGGAAGCCCUGCCGGGAGGCAAGGAGCGCUCAGCGCUCUCGAGGUGGCCUCCGGCGAGGAGCGGGAUGUGCGUGUGGACGCCUCGGGGCUCAUGGGUGCCUACGGCGGCUAUGGGGAGCAGUCCGUCUUCAUCGACUCUGAGGGUCACAUCAACCACUCGCAGCCUUCGCGGCCUGCCACCAGCUUCGAUGGCGCCUUCUCAGCGGAUUUGCCCAGCUGGAACCAGUCUGCCAUGCGGCUUAUGCGGGAGGACUCCGUUGCUGCUCAGGAGUGCCAGAUCGCUGAACGGCCCAGGCUGCGACGGAUGAUGACCCGCAGAGAGAGGCGGAUGACCCGGUCCAACAGCGGCCAGCCCUACGUGGCCGCGGACGCCUCCCGGGCUCAAUCUCUCCUGCAGCCCCAGGGAGGAACUUCCAUCCUCCCGGCGUCGGCAGUGCCACCGCACGCGCUGCCCGGAGUCAUUGUCCGGCGAUACACCAUGCUCAUCGGCCUCCUUUGGAUUGUGUCGGGCAUCACCCAUGGCUUGCGCUGGACCUCUGCCAUCCAUGGGCUGCCGCCGCUGGAGUUGCCGGAGGGCACCGAUGUGAAGGUGCGAUGGCCCAAGCCGGCGCACCUCUUCGAGGUGGGGGCUUUGCGCUGCAACGGUUCGAAGGUGCUGGUGAGCAAUCGCUUCCGGGAGCUCCACGGGGAGCUCGCGGAGGGAGAGCUGCGGCUCACGGCGCUGGAUGCUCGAGAGGAGUCGCCAGGCUGGGCGGCUCCUGAGUGGCGCUUGUGGGCCUCCCAGAGUCUUUGCCGAGAUUGCCCUGUGCGGUUGGCGGCUUGGACCGGCGACGAGAUCAUCAUCGGCCAGCUGGCAGAUGGCAUCCCACAGUUCAGGUAUGCCCUACGAAGCCGCUCUAGCUGCAGAGCGACGUGGCCCAAGGCCUCGGCUGUGCUUGGCCUCGGCUGCAAGCAGCAUGAGGACGCCAACUACACCCACGUGCAGGCACUUCACCUGCUGAAGCACGGGCAGAUAUUGCUGGUGCUCCAAGAUGACUUGCUGGAUGCCUGGGACCUGCAGGAGGCUGCGCUGCUUCAGCGCUUCGAAGUGCCCUCCGCAGCGGCUGUUUGCCUCUUGGAGGACACUCGGGAGGAGCAAGGGACGAGGCUGCUGCUGGCCCGGCACACCCCAUCGUCGCCGACAGGCCCAUCCUUGGAGGUCAUCUCGCUGCCUGCGCUUCAGACCUCCUGCCAGGAAAGCGCUGUGCCUCGUCUGCAGCUUGUUGCCAACCAAAUUCAGGAUACGAUCUACGACAAUGGCAGCGUGGACUGCCGCUUUGCCGAGGGUCUCCCGCUGCACUUUGAGGCUCAGGGACGUUUUCAGGUGGAAGGCACCACCAUCACGCUGCUGCCCGCGGACUACUCCCGACAGGCGGUUCAUGCCGAGGCGCGGAGUGCGGAGUCCGUGGCCGCGGGCCAGCCCACGAUGAUGCCCUUGGAGCUGCCGGAGCCCCUGGGGCCGAAGCUCUUCAUCUGGGGCGAGCCCGUGCUGCGCGGGGGGGCCUGGUGCCGGAGAGCUGUUCUGGUCGGAAAGUAUUACACGGUCUACGACUGGAAGCACAAGCAGAUCGGUUUUGCUCUGGCAGCGCACAGCGCGCCCCAGGCGCGCCUGAGAUACGGAAGGAGUUGA